AUGGUAGACUCAAUUAAUCGUAUUGCAUCGGCAUUAGAUACUGCCAAAGUGAUAACUAGGGAAGCUGCCGCGGUAGCCACCUCCAAGCUCGGUGAAUCCUCUUAUACUUAUUAUUCUCAAAAUAUUAAUCCUCAGCAGUUGGCCACCUUGUUAAACUCUAGGAAUUCUAGAGAAGUUAGAGAUGCCAUGAAGAGAAUUAUAUCUAUAAUGGCUUCUGAUGAUGACUCUAUUGAUGUUCAAUUAUAUUUUGCUGAUGUGGUGAAGAAUAUCACCACUAAUGACAUUAAAGUGAAAAGACUUAUUCACCUAUAUUUACUUCGAUUUGCUGAAAAUGACCCAAAUUUGACCUUACUAUCCAUUAAUUCUCUUCAAAAAUCAUUGUCUGAUUCAAAUCCCGAAUUGAGAUGCUUUGCUUUGAGUGCUCUCUCUGAUAUGAAGAUGACAUCGUUAGCACCUAUCAUUUUACACACUGUUAAGAAAUUAGUUACGGAUCCAUCUGCAAUGGUUCGUGGUGAAGUUGCGUUGGCCAUUAUCAAAUUGUAUAGAGCUGGAAAGAAUGAGUACCAUGAAGAACUAUUGGAUAUCCUGAAAGAGUUGAUGGCAGAUACGGAUCCUAAGGUGAUAUCCUGUACUGUCCUGGCUUUCAAAGAAUGUUAUGCCGAUCACUUAGAACUACUGCAUGGGCAUUUUCGUAGGUACUGUAAAGUAAUUAGGCAGCUAGAUUCAUGGUCACAAUCAUAUUUGAUCGAAUUGUUGAUCAAAUAUUGUAAACAAUUCUUACCAAAACCCACAGUGGUUGAUAGGUCGUCAGAAGAUUCUCCGAGAAGCUGUCCUUUACCAGAUAAUUAUAAUGAGAUUGAGUACCCACUUUACGACGUGGUUAAUCAUCCUGAUUUAGACUUAUUUUUACAGAGUCUGAAUCGUCUAAUUUACAGUUCCAACCCUGCAGUGAUUCUAGCGUCUUGUAAUGCACUAUAUCAAUUGGCCUCACCAUUGCAGAUGAAAAAUACCAAAUUUAUUGAAGCAUUGGUCAAGACAGUUUCCACGACGACAAAUCAAGGUAACAAAGAAAUCCUUUUGCAAGCAGUUCAUUUUUUAUCAACCUUAGACCAAACUUUAUCUUUACCAUACAUCAAAAAAUUCUACAUUUUACCCAAAGACUCCAUUGUUGCAUCUGUUUGGAAGAUCCAGAUUCUGUCGACGUUAAUAAAUGAAUCAAAUGUUAAGGAAAUAUUCAAGGAACUGAAAUAUUAUGUAGCCAGCGCUCAUCUUCCGGAAAAGGUUGUUAUUUUGGCAGUCAAAUCAUUGUCUCAAUGUGGUCAAUUGUCUACCAGUUGGGAAUCUCAUGUAAUGAAGUGGCUGAUUGAUCAUAUGGAAUCCCACAACUUGUCGGCUUCUGUCCUAGACGCAUACGUGAAUGUUAUUAGGAUGCUGGUACAAAAGAACCCCACAAAACAUUUACGCAUUAUCUUUAAACUAGCUGAUUUAUUAACAGCACAAAGGAGUUUGGCCGAUAAUGCACGUGCAGGUAUUGUUUGGCUAUUCGGUGAAAUCGCAUCGAUUGAAUUCAAGAUAUGCCCGGACGUUUUGAGGAAGCUAAUUCCGAUGUUUUCCGAUGAGGGUCCGGAAACAAGAUGUCAAAUUUUAGUGUUAUCAGCAAAACUUCUCUCUUAUGACAUUGAUAAUUUCAAGCAAGAACAAAUUGCUGCAAGCGAUGAAUCUAGCGAUGAGAAAAAUUACCAGAAUCAUUACGAUUUUAGCAGUUCAAGAAUCUCAAAAAUGUAUGAAGCGGUUCUUUACUUGGCAAAGUAUGAUGACGAGUUUGAUAUUAGAGAUAGAGCAAGGAUGAUUUCUUCCCUUUUCGAUUCAGGAAAAUACGAAAUUGUGUCGUUGUUAUUACAAGCACCCAAACCUUCAGCGAGGAAUAACGAUUUUAUCAUCUCUGCGAGGCUGGAAGUACAUGCUCAAGAAGUUAAAGAUUUCUUUAAAAUGCUUCCUUGGAACACAGAGAUUACUGGUAUUGCUGAAACAGACAACGAUGUUAGGAAGGGUGUAGAAUUGAAAGACUAUAACAAAUAUAAAAAAAGUUUUUCAUCUCAGUCUUUUAUUAGCAACAACUCAGCAAGAUCAUUUACAUCCAAUUCCAAUUCAAAUUUAAGGGGGGUCAAUGAUAGUAAUGGCAGUAGCGUCUCCGGAAAAGGUAACAUAAACACCGUAACUUCUCAUAAUGGGAAGAAAUAUCGUUUGCAAAGUUUGGACGAAUUUUUUUCUGACAUACCAGAAAGAAAAAGUAAAUCAAAGAAAAUUAUAAGAGUGGAGGAAGAAAGUAGUGACGAUAAUGAAGAUGAAUCGGAAGAGAGUAGUGAUGAAGAUGAAUCGGACGAUGAUGAGUAUAGCGAUUCCUCAUCUUUGGGAACAUCUUCUUCACAUCUGGAGCUAUAA